AUGUCCGAAAUCCAAUGUCCCGACAUAACGGCGUCUCACGAGACACCUGAACGUUCACAUGUCUAUUCGCUACCGAAACUGCUAUUCACAGAUUGCGUGCAUUCAUACAUGUGCCUCAUGAAAGCAUGA